AUGUCGAGCCCAAAAGUACCUGAACAGGUCCUGACGAAGCCACCGCUAGACGAUGAGGCAAAUACUGUUGUGCGGCGUUCAGAGAUUGGUGAGUCCAUGGUCAUAGACUCUCACGCCGAACGGAGUGUGGUCUGGAAGUUCGACCUCCGCAUUCUCCCAGUGUUAGCGGGCAUGUAUCUCUUCAACAGUCUUGAUAAAUCGAACCUUGGAAAUGCUAAGACUGAUGGUCUGGAAACCACCCUCCACCUACAUGGUAACCAGUACAACCUGAUAUUGAGCAUCUUCUUCAUUCCAUAUGUCUUGACAGCCCCAUUUCUUGGAAUUCUGGGGAAGAUGUAUGGUCCCAACCUUGUUUUGCCUUGCAUGAUGCUGUGCUUCGGCGUCUGCACACUUCUUGUCGUCGCCGUCUACAAUUUCGGUGGCCUUCUUGCGAUUCGAUGGUUCUUGGGCAUGUCGGAGAGCGCUUUCUUCCCUCUCGUGAUCUAUUAUCUAACCACGUUUUAUCGUCGAGGAGAACUGGCAAGGCGUCUUGCCAUUUUCUAUGCUGCCCAGAGUAUCGCUUCUGCCUUUUCAGGGCUGCUUGCUUUUGGCGUUUUCCAUAUCAAGUCCGGUUCGCUGGCCUCAUGGCGCUACCUUUUUCUCAUCGAAGGCGCUGGUACUAUCGUAUUCUCCAUCUUUGCAUUCUGGUAUUUGCCGCGGUCUGCAUCUGAGGCCAGCUUUCUCACCGCAUCAGAGAAAGUAUUGGCAUAUGACCGGAUGAGGCUCGAUAGUUCUUCGGUCGUUAAUGAGAAGCUCAAUAUUCGUGAGGCAUUUACCAUCUUCAAACAUCCUACUAGCUGGAUUAUUCUGGGUAUCGAAGUCUGCUUGGGUGUUCCACUACAAUCCGUUCAGCUUUUCUUGCCCCAAAUCAUCAAUCGACUAGGAUACAGCACCGUCAAAACAAAUCUCUACACAGUUGCCCCCAAUGUGUCCGGAGCUGUCAUGCUUCUGAUCUUGGCGUUUCUCAGUGACUGGACCCGGUGGAGAUUUCCGUUCAUCGCAUUGGGGUUUCUCUUCACAUUUGUUGGUUUUAUUAUUUACGUCGCCAUUGAUGUCGAGCACGAUAUUAAUGUUGCCUAUUUUGCGUCCUUCAUGAUGACCUGGGGCACAUCGGCACCAUCUGUUCUGCUAGAUGUUUGGUACAAUAACAACAUCGCGAGUGAAGGAAAACGUGUGGUUUUGACCAGCAUUGCUGUCCCUCUGGCUAACCUGAUGGGCGUGGUUAGUUCAAAUAUCUUCCGGAAUCAGGAUGCACCAAAAUACAUUCCGGCUCUCAUCACAACCGCUGCCUUUGGAGGAACUGGUAUUUUGUUGACUCUGAUUCUUGGUGCCUGGAUGAUAAUAGACAAUAAGCGACGAAAUGUGAAGCAAGGCAUCACGCUCAAGGCUCUGGAUGUCCCAACAGAAAGGUUGAGGGAUGGUCCUUCUAACCCUGAUUUUAGAUGGUUCUACUAG